UCAGUGAAAUUAGAUUGCUAAUUAUUGAGAGCCAAAAGAGAAGACAAUGUUCAUGGGAUCAAUUAGAGAAGAUUUACAAAGGACAAGUGGUCAACAUUGUGUUAAUACUCUAUUCAUUUUUGAUGACUCUCUUCAAAUCAUUUGGCAAAUUAAAUUCCUUAUUUUUUUUAGUUUAUUUCUUCUCUCUUCUGUCAUAUUCUCAAUAUAUUUGUGAAUUAAAACUUCUGUCUCCUUGUCUCACAUUAAAAUAAUAGAAAGCUACGGAAAUAAAUACACACAUGAAUAGGAAAUGAAACGUACCACGACCUUAUUGAACAAGAUUCUCCUACUACUCUUAUUGUUUUAAAACCCUAGAUUCUUGGAAUAAUGGCCUUAGCUUCUUUUUUUCUUUGUGCAAAUAUUUGUUUAUAAGUUUAAAUCUCUCCUUGGAAAACGUUUCUCUGAGUUGUCGUGUUUUUUUUUUCCUCAUGAAACAGAUCUUUGAGUUUGCCAGCGGUGAUGGAGGAGGCAAAGAGGGACAAGUUAGGAGACAAGAUAAUCAUAAUAAUCAAGAAAGCUUGACGUUGCUCCAUUUAUAACCACAAAGAGAUUAUUAAAUAAAUUAAGCAAAAGGGGAUAAUUGUGCAAAUAUCCUCUUUAUAAGUUUUUUUUUUAACACAUGCCCAAUUUGCUCUUACAUUAAAACCUUUUUAAAGGGUUAUUUUGGAUUUCUCUGUUAAGUUUUCUUCUAUUAUAUACCUUGGAGUCUCUGAACCUUUAUAACCCACCAAAAACCAUUUCCAAGUUUAAGUCUUUUGAUUUCUCUGUUUGCUUCAGAGCUUGGAAAAAUGGCAGAAUCAUCAUCCUCUGCGGUGACUACGCAUGUACCUGCUAGGUCUAUUAGUUUGCCUACAAGACUAAUCCAUCCUAAAGCACAGAGAGUUGAAGAAGAACUGAAAAAGAUUCAAGCUUUAAACUCUUCUUCAUCAGCUUCUUCUAGGAUCAAACUUGGACUUGCCAAGCUCGUUGAGCUCUAUGACUUUGUCAAUGAACAAGUCAUAUGUUCUCCUCAAGGCCAACAAGCUCUUCGCCUUUGUCGCAACGGGAAACUUGUGGAAGACUCUCUUGAUGAAUCCAUCUUGUUACUAGAUGUCUCUGACUUCACAAGAGACUUGAUAGGAACACUCAUGGAGCAAAUUCAAGAACUUCAAUCUGCUUUACGUAGACGCAGAGGAAAUCUCUCUUCCGUUCAGUCCGAGAUCCGAACUUACAUUAGCUUUCAGAAGAAGUUCAAGAACGCAGCAGAUAGACAACUUAAAUCCCUUGCAAGGACACAAAGAAAGAAAAAAGAUCCGGUUAUCAAACAAUCUCGUGAUCUUGAUCAACAUUCUUCAAUGGUCUCCAACAUUCUAAGGCAAUCAAACGCGUCGACGAUCUCUAUUUUGCAGUCACUCUUGCAGUUUCUUUCUUCUUCCGGUGAGAACCAGAAGAAGAAUGGUGAAAUUGGAUGUGUAGAUAACUCGAUGAUCCGUUCUUUCUUUGGAAGAAUCAUCGGUAGGAAGAUCGUGAAGGACAUUGAUGCGCAAACAAUCCUCGGGAAAUUAGCUAUGGUUAAUGCGAGCCUUGAAGCAAUUAAGGAUGAGUUAAGUUACUUAUCUAGACGACUUAUUCAACAUAGAGCGUCUCUCUUGAACAUUGUUACUCUAUAACAAUAAGAGUUUUGUAUUUAAUUUGUGUAAAAAACCAGGUUUUGUA